UAAUGCUCCUCCGAUAUCGAUCGAUCGAUCCUAGCUAAUUCGCCAGUUAGUUUCAGAGAGAGAAAGCUAGGGUUUCUGAUUUAAUGGAGGAGGAGGAUACGAAGAAGAAAUUGCCGCCAGGAUUCAGAUUCCAUCCCACAGACGAAGAACUCAUCACAUAUUACCUCUGCAAUAAGGUCUCCAACUUCAAUUUCACCACUAAGGCUGUCGCUGAUGUCGAUCUCAACAAAUGCGAACCGUGGGAUCUUCCAGCGAAAGCACGGAUGGGGGAGAAGGAGUGGUAUUUCUUCAGCCUGAGAGACCGGAAGUAUCCGACGGGGCUGCGGACGAACCGUGCGACGGAGGCGGGGUACUGGAAGACCACCGGGAAGGACAAGGAGAUCUUCCAUACUGCAAAUGCAAAUUCAAAUUCAAAUUCCCAUACUGCAAAUGCGAAUUUGAAUUUGAAUUUGAAUUUGGUGGGGAUGAAGAAAACCCUAGUUUUCUACAGAGGGAGAGCUCCAAAAGGCGAGAAGACGAAUUGGGUGAUGCACGAAUACCGCCUUCACAAUAACCUCCCCAAUUUCAAAUCCACUAAGCAGGAGGAAUGGGUCGUAUGCCGAGUGUUCCAAAAGACGGCGUCCCCGAAGCGACCCCAACAGCCACCAUCCUCGCCGCCCUCCCAAGACUCUCCCUCGAGCGAAGCCCACGCCAUGAUCAACGAGCUCGGAGACAUCGAGCUACCAAACUUCGCUAUCUCAUCGAACUACAACCCGACGGACAACAUCAGCAGCAUCGUCAACUGGCCACCCAUGGCGACAGAUUUAACAGCCGGAAACACAAUGCCGUCGCUGGCAUGGCCAUUUCUCAGCACAAACCUAUCGAUGAACUCGCUCCUUCUCACAGCAUUGCAGCUCAGGGGACAUCCGAGAGGGUCGACAGCCAACCCGACGGAGAUCAGCAGCUACAGUUUUAUGCCACACGAAAAUAUCGGCAGCUCCCAGUUCGGAAACGACCCGUCCGGGUCGAGUUUCAACGUCGGUUCGACCGAUCCUAUUCCACAGAUACCACAACAGCAAGUGCAAGCAUAUGAUAUGGACUCACAUAUAUGGUAAAGCUAAGUAUGAAGAUAAAAAGAAGUAAGAAAAUCGGGUUUCGAAUGUUGCGAUGGGCGAAGUCCAUUUCGCGAAUAAAUCAGGAAGUGUAAGUAUAGCUAGCAAUGGUGAAUGUAAUGUGUAUCUAAUGUAUUCCAUUUAGGGAUCUAAAGUAAAGCAUAUGAAGUAUAAUCUCAUCAGAAUUCCGAAGUUAAAGCAUUAUAUGUAAUCAAAUA